UCUACUGACCCACGUGCAAUAUGCCACGAGGUGACUGAAUCCCGGCAAAGCACUUGGCACAACCCACAACUAAGAAAGUCCUACAGACUUGCUCCUCUUAUUCUCAAAUACGCCAAAAAAAAAUUCAGUGCUUCGACAAACAUGGCGACAGGAUUCAGAUCUUUACCUCUCGAGGUCCGAAAUAUGAUAUACGACCACGCUUUGGAAGACGACUACGACAUCUUCACCAAAGGCGUACAAGCCAUCUUGAAAGUGUGCCCGGAGAUCACAAGGGAGAUCUACUCAUACCGCCGCAUCUACACCACAAUCAUCGUCACUGA